AUGUCUGUCAUCGACACUACCAAGGACCUUUCGGCACUUUUCACGAAACAGGUCCAAGCUACCCCGGAUCUGAUUGCUUUGGAAGACGACAAGCAUACAUACACUUAUCAGGAGCUCCACGACAAAGUCGCUGCCCUCGCCGACCGGCUGCGGGGUCAUGGCGUCGGCCGUGACAGCUUGGUAGGUGUCCUGUUGCCGCGAUCCGCCGACUAUGUGAUCGCCUGUCUAGCAGCCCUACGGGCCGGCGGUGCAUUCUUGGUCCUGGAAUUGGCCUACCCUCCCGACCUCCUUGCGGAUGUUCUAGAGGAUGCUCAACCUACCGUCGUGGUUACUAUCAGCGCCGAAGUCGGCAAGAUCAAGGGAAGCACUCCGCUUGUUGUUCUGGAUGAAACCAGUUCAGCUACCAACGGCCAGUUGAGCGAGUCAGAGUUGAAGCCAUUGCCGGAGGAGACCGAUUUAGACCGCUUGGCCUUUGUCGCGUACUCCAGUGGAACGACUGGCAAGCCGAAAGGCAUCGCCAACCCACACCGAGCGGCGGUUCUCUCAUAUAACCUUCGAUUUGGACUCUCAGACAUACAGCCAGGCGACCGUGUGGCCUGCAAUGUGUUCUUUGUUUGGGAAAUUCUUCGCCCGCUGUUGCGAGGUGCGACUGUUGUUGCUGUACCGGACGAGGCCAGCUACGACCCGCGCAUGCUCGUUGACCUACUCGCGUCUAAGAAGAUCACCGAGACUCUUUUCACACCAACGCUCUUCUCUGCCGUUCUUGCUCGUCACCAAGCGCUGGAGACGCGCCUGCCAAACCUGAAGACUGUUUGGCUUAACGGCGAAGUUGUGACCACCGACCUUGCACGUCGUGGUAUCAAAGCUCUACCUAAUACCCGCCUACUCAAUGUAUACAGUGCAUGCGAAACCCAUGAGAUCGCCUGCGGAGAUAUCAAGGACAUGCUCGAGAAGCUGGACACGGAUGCUGCCUACUGCCCUGUAGGACCGCCGCUCGUUGACAGGAAAUACAUCUACAUCGUGGACGAGAGUGGCCAAAAGGUGGACGAAGGAGAAAAUGGCGAGCUCUGCGUAGGAGGACAUUUGCUUGCUCGAGGGUACCUUAACCGCCCCGAGACCACCGCUAAAGCUUUCAUUCGGAAUCCUUACAGCUCGAAGACCGGUGCUCGCAUGUACAGGACUGGUGAUAAGGCACGUCUCCUAUCGAAUGGCUUGCUUGAGAUCACUGGACGUGUUGGCGCGAUGAUCAAGAUCCGCGGAUACUCCGUGGUACCAGGAAAAGUUGAGAGCGCAAUUCUCAACCACUUGGCUGUCAGCCACUGCGCUGUCGUACCUUUCGGAGAAGGCAUCGAUCGACAAUUAGUUGCGUACAUCGUGCGGGACAAGGAGGCGUCUGCAGAACGUCCAGAAGUCGAGAUUGACCGAACAGGCCGCAGCUCGACCGCCAGGCGCAUGCUGAUGGCAUACCUUGCUCACUACAUGAUACCUGCACUAUGGGUCGAGAUGGAUAGUCUUCCAAGAAGCGAUGUGUCUGGAAAGGUCGACCUCAAGGCACUUCCUCCUCCUCGACCUGCAUCCCCUACAGGAAGCGCACGAAAAUUCGAGCAGAGCCCCAUCUCCAUCGAACAGAUUACCCAGAUUUGGGCAUCUAUAUUGAGCAUCAGCCCCAGCUCCAUCACUCCUGAAUACAACUUCUUCGAUCUUGGUGGUCACUCACUACUCCUUGCCGAUCUCGCCGCGCGUCUGUCGAACACUUUCGGAUUCAGGGUGCCGGUCGCGCGCCUCGCCACUCCAGCAACUCUCAAUGGCCACCUAGAUACCGUUCGAGCUAUCCGGGAUGGCCACACUGCCGAGGUCCAGGAGAACCUGCCCGCCGUUCUACGAGCAGACGCUGUACUUGAGAAGGAGAUCCAGCCGAAUGACGCCAAGAUGUGUGCGCUUAAAGAUGCGAAGACUGUGUUACUCACUGGUGUCACUGGAUUCCUGGGCGCGUUCCUACUCCGAGAUCUUCUCGAAACCACAUCUGCCCAGAUCGUGUGCAUGGUCCGAUUCGCUGAUUCCUCGCAAGACGACAUACCCGCUGGUAUUGCUAGAAUACGUAGGAAUUUGCUGGACUUUGGUCUGUGGAGCGACAACAUCAUGGAACGUGUCGAAAUUCUUCCUGGAAACUUGUCGCGUAAACGAUUCGGUCUCGCUCCGGACACAUUCAAGGCCUUGGCUGACCGUCUCGACGUAAUUGUCCACGCAGCUGCCACCGUCAACUUAGUUUACCCUUACGCUGCGCUGCAGAAACCCAACGUUGGCGGUACAAGAGAGGUUCUUCGUCUUGCCGCUCAGGGCGGUGCUACCGUACAGUACAUCUCCACCAACGGAGUACUUCUGCCUGCCAAGGGUCGCGAAGGAUGGUCAGAAGACGCCAUGCUGGAGGUCGACGAUGUUACCAAGCUAGCUGAUGGUUACGGCCAGACUAAAUGGGUUGCUGAGCAGCUCGCUCUAGAGGCCGGCCGAAGGGGUCUUCCCAUCAAGAUUCACCGUCUCGGAACCAUUAGUGGUCAUAGUGAGACAGGUGCUGCCAACGCAUGGGAUCUAUUGACGGCCAUGAUUGUCGAGUCGAUUAGAAUCGGUUACUACCCCGAUGUCAAGGGCUGGCGCGCGGAGAUGACCCCAGUCGACUUCGUCAGCAAGGCCAUAAUGCACCUUAGCAACCAGACCGAGACCGACCAAACGAUGUUCCAUAUUGGAGACCCUGACCCAGUUGAUAUUAGCAAGGUCUUCGAAGAUCUUAGUGCACUAGGAUACCCAACCCAGCCGAUGGACUUUGAAAAGUGGACCAGCCUCUGGGACGACAAGCGAGGUUCUGCCAAGGGUGGUGAUGGAGCUUUCACAGUCGAUAUCCUCCGAAGCGGUAUGCCAAGCGUCGAGUUCCUGAGGGAUGUUGUUGUGCUCGAUAACGCGAAGACCAGGCCGCUGCGCCUCGCAGUCGAGCGCCCGAAGGUGGACCAAACACUACUUGAGACAUACACACGACAUUGGUAUGCACGUGGCUGGCUUCCAAAGCCGCCCGCGCACCAGGAUGCUGCUGGUGGCUCUGCUAGGCUUCCACGAAGAGGUCCUCUUUUCGGUAAGGUUGCCGUAGUUAUGGGCGCAUCAUCCGGAAUUGGCGCUGCCACCGCCACUGCUCUCGCCAGAGAGGGUUGCCACGUCGCCCUCGCAGCACGCCGAAUCGACGCCCUUGAAGACCUCAAGAAACGCCUCGUGAUCCGCGAAGGCAAGGUCAUUACGCAAAAGACUGAUGUCACGGACAAGGCUCAGGUCGAGGCCCUCGUUGCCGCAGCAGAGAGCCAACUUGGACCCGUCGAUAUCUUCGUGAACGUCUCGGGAGUGAUGUACUUCACCAUGAUGGCCAACACAUACACAGACCAAUGGAACCAAACCGUCGACGUCAACUGCAAGGGUCUCCUCAACGUCAUCUCUUCCAUCGUACCCUCGAUGCUCAAGCGCGGAAAGGGCCACCUUCUUGCCAUCUCCUCGGAUGCUGGACGAAAGGUCUUCCCUGGCCUCGGCGUCUACUCGGCAUCAAAGUUCUUCGUCGAAGCUACACUUCAAAGCUUGAGGCUCGAGACUGCUGGGACUGGGCUGAGAGUUACCGCUGUACAGCCUGGAAACGUGGCGACAGACUUGUUGGGUAUGAGCACAGAUCAGGAGGCUUUGAAGAAGUUUGGUGAGCCAACUGGCGCGAAGGUUUUGGAUCCAGAGAAUGUUGCUGAGUGCAUUGUGUAUGCGCUCAAGCAGCCGGAUCACGUUUCUGUGAACGAGGUGCUUAUUGAGCCGAGAGAUGAGCCUAUCUAG